AUCUGCUAGUGUUUGCUUACGUAAAUACUCUGCAUCUUUUCUAAGCAAAUUUGUUGUUCCUUCUCACUUUGGCCGUUACAGUAAGACAAACACCGCUCGCCAACUUCGGAAUUCGUCAACAAAGUCUUAUGUCACUGAAACUUGGUGGAAAAUAUGUUGUGUUUUAGUUGCAAUUCUUGAUUUCUAAACAUAGAAACAAGAAUUCUGAGCCGCGGAAAUAUCAGAGAAACAUGUUACGUUCAAGAUUGAGAUCAGGAUCGGUUGAUUUCGGACAAAAGAGUCAUCAUCAUUCAUCGGUAUUUUCGAAAACCCUCUUCGCAUCGAAGCUCUGCAGAGGAGAUGCAAUCGCGGCACAGAUUGAUGCCAGCGCCCUCAAAUCCGUUUCGAAUUUAUCCGAGAAUGUUGGUGUGAAAGGAAACAAACCAGUGCAGCAACAGCAACAGAUGAGGGAGAUGGAAGAAGGUAGUGAGGUGGAGAGCUUGAAGAAAAUGGUGACGGCGGCCCGCGACGAAACGAAGGCCAAGGAGAGAAAGAUCGGCAAUCUGGAGGCGGAGCUGGGGAGGAUGAGGCAGGGCGAGGCGGAUAAGGACGCGUCGCUGGGGAGGUUGAUGAAGGAGCUGCGUGAUGUGAGGGAGAGAGAGAACGCCAACAAGAAGAGGAUUCAAGAGUUGGAAGGGGAGGUGGAGAGGAAGAGGAAGGCGGAGUCGAGCAUGGCCAGGCAGCUCGACUCCGCCAUGUUCGAGCUGGAGGAGUCCAAGAUCGAGAUCGCGUCGUUGCACGAGAAGAUCGACGGAUUGGAGGACCUGUGCAACCAGAUGAGCAAAGGGGGCUCGAGCGGAGACGAGGAGAUCCGAAGCCUGAAAGCGAAGCUGGGCAAGGCCCAGGAGGGGGAGAGGAGGGCGUUGUUGAAGGCGGAGAGCUUAGCCGAGGAGAUGGAGGUGUUGAAGGGGGAGUGGAAGUUUGCUAUGGAGGGCGAAGACAAGAGCUCCAAAGCGAUGGAGGAUUUAGCUCUGGCGUUGAAGGAGGUGGCCACCGAGUCCAAUCAAGUGAAAAUGCAGCUGGAGGAGAUGAAGGCCGAGACGGAGCGGAUGAAGGAGGAGGUGGCCGAAGCCAAGCAAGACGCCGAGGUGCAUAAAAACACCGCCGAAAGGCUGAGGUCGGAGGCGGAGGAGACCCUGUUCGCAUGGAACGCCAAGGAAAUCGGGUUCGUGAGCUGCAUCAAACGGGCCGAGGAGGAGCGCGCGCUGGCGCAGAUCGAGAACCACAAGCUAGCCGAGUCGCUCAAGGCCGCCGAGAACAUGACCCGGUCGGCCCGCGAGGAGACGUACAAGCUGAGGGACAUACUCAAGCAGGCCAUAAACGAGUCCAACGCGGCCAAGGCGGCUGCAGGCAUUGCAAGAGAUGAGAACUCCUUACUAAAAGACUGCCUCGCCGAGAAGGAGGAGGCGCUGCACUUCAUCACCAGGGAGAACGAGCGCCUCCGGAUAAGCGAGGCGGCCGCGCAGGAGCACGUGAAGCAGCUCAAGAGAAUGCUCACCAUGGCCUCCGCCGAGAUCGACAAGGACGAGAUAGGGAUCGUGAUGUUCACGGAGCAUAGCGACGACGAUGAUGGGGAGCAGCAGCCCAGGAAGGUGAGGAGGGAGUUCAGCUUCGAUCUCGAUGACCUCAAGUUCAUGAACGAGCCCGAGGACGACACGCUGGACGACGAGGACCCGGAGAAGGCCGAGGCGCUCAAGGGCUCCAUCUUCGACACCACCGCCGAGACGCCCAAGUCCGAGGCGCGGACGCCCAAGGCCACCUUCUUUAGGCUCAAGACGCAUUCCUCGCAUGAUGAUAAGGAAGACGAUCACGAUCACGACCAUGGACACGACGAGACCGAGGGGGAUAAGCAGCACAGCGGCCAUAGGAGGUCCAAGACUAUGUUCCAACGCGUCGGGGGGCUUCUCACCAUAAGGAAGAGUUUCCAUAGGAAGGAGCCAUCAAUGGAUCAGAAAUCCACGCCUACCCCUACACACGGGAACUAACUGCUUGCUUAUUUUUUUCUUUCAUUUCUUCUAAACUUAAAAAUACACAUUCAUUCCUUCAUCAUUAUAUAUUUCCUCAUUUUUGUCUUGCCCAA